AUCAGAAAGUCCCGGAGCACGGAAGACAGGGUGCGGAGUGGACUCGGCGCGAAGCACGGAGUCCGGAUCACAACCCCGCCGGACGGGACGGAGCGAUGUCGGGUCGUGGCGCGGGCGGGUUCCCGCUGCCCCCGCUGAGCCCCGGCGGCGGCGCGGUGGCCGCGGCCUUGGGGGCGCCGCCUCCCCCUGCGGGACCCGGCAUGCUGCCUGGACCGGCGCUCAGGGGACCAGUGCCGCCUGGAGGCGUCGGGGGCCCCGGGGCCGCCGCCUUCCGCCCCAUGGGGCCCGCGGGCCCCGCAGCGCCGUACCAGCGGCCUGGUAUGACCCCAGGGAGCCGGAUGCCCAUGGCCAGCUUGCAGGUGGGACCCCCUGCCGGCUCCCCAUUUGGCACAGCUGCUCCACUUCGACCUGGUAUGCCACCCACCAUGAUGGACCCAUUCCGAAAACGUCUGCUCGUGCCCCAGCCCCAGCCCCCGAUGCCUGCCCAGCGCCGGGGGCUGAAGAGGAGGAAGAUGGCAGAUAAAGUUCUACCUCAGCGAAUUCGAGAGCUUGUUCCCGAGUCUCAGGCCUACAUGGAUCUCUUGGCCUUUGAGCGAAAGCUGGACCAGACCAUUGCACGCAAGCGGAUGGAAAUCCAGGAGGCCAUCAAAAAGCCUCUGACGCAAAAGCGGAAGCUUCGAAUAUAUAUUUCCAACACCUUCAGUCCCAGCAAGGCUGAAGGUGAUGGUUCAGGAACUGCAGGGACCCCGGGGGGAACCCCAGCAGGCGAUAAGGUGGCUUCCUGGGAGCUCCGAGUAGAGGGCAAACUGCUGGAUGAUCCUAGCAAACAGAAAAGGAAGUUUUCCUCCUUCUUUAAGAGCCUCGUCAUUGAGCUGGAUAAGGACCUGUAUGGGCCUGACAACCACCUGGUGGAGUGGCACCGGAUGCCCACUACCCAGGAGACAGAUGGCUUCCAGGUGAAACGGCCUGGAGACCUCAAUGUCAAAUGCACCCUUCUGCUCAUGCUGGAUCAUCAGCCUCCCCAGUACAAGCUGGACCCCCGACUGGCACGGCUGCUCGGAGUGCACACACAGACGAGGGCUGCCAUCAUGCAGGCCUUGUGGCUUUACAUCAAACACAACCAGCUGCAGGACGGGCACGAGCGCGAGUUUAUCAACUGCAACCGCUACUUCCGCCAGAUCUUCAGCUGUGGGCGACUCCGCUUCUCUGAGAUUCCCAUGAAGCUGGCUGGCUUGCUACAGCAUCCAGACCCCAUCGUCAUCAACCAUGUCAUUAGCGUGGACCCUAAUGACCAGAAGAAAACUGCCUGCUAUGACAUCGACGUGGAGGUGGAUGACCCACUGAAGGCCCAGAUGAGCAAUUUUUUGGCCUCAACCACCAACCAGCAGGAGAUUGCCUCCCUAGAUGUCAAGAUCCACGAGACCAUUGAGUCUAUCAACCAGCUGAAGACCCAGAGAGAUUUCAUGCUCAGCUUCAGCACUGAUCCCCAGGACUUCAUCCAGGAGUGGCUCCGUUCCCAGCGCCGGGAUCUCAAGAUCAUCACUGAUGUAAUUGGGAAUCCUGAGGAGGAAAGACGAGCUGCCUUCUACCACCAGCCAUGGGCCCAGGAAGCAGUAGGGAGGCACAUCUUUGCCAAGGUGCAGCAGCGCAGGCAGGAACUGGAACAGGUGCUGGGAAUUCGCCUGACCUAACUCAGGGAGCAUUUCCUUCCUAGCUCUGGAGCCAUCCCGGCCUCAGCCUGGAAGAGGCCAGCAACAUGUAGGAUAAGAACGGGGUGAAGGGUGUCUCCUCUCACCCUCCAUCCCCAACUUAGUUUCAUAAAUGUAGUGGUAGGAUUCCUUGUUGCUUGGGUCCCCAAAGCCUUAUUACUUACUUUAUGCAUUGGCUUUAAUUGGGUUCAUAACAGAUGCCUCCUCUGUCCCCUGCAGGCAGGCCCAGGUAGGACUGCUGGAGGUCGUGCUGGGACUUUGUAACUGAGACACUUCAGAACCAAAGGCUGCUGGGUUUGCAUGUUUACAGACUCCCUCUUGGGGCUCUGGGCAAGGAAGGGGGCCCAGCCCAGACUCUUCCUAGCCUUCCUAAACCAAAGUUCUUCACCAUUCCUACAAGCCCAGCC